UGACUGAUGCAUGCUGGAUGAUUAUGGGGGAGAUCUUCUGAUUUCUAAAUAAAAUACUUUCAGUCUCAAGAGGGAAGUGGAGGUCAACUUUUGGAGGGAUAGUUAUGCCAUGCUACGGCCGAGAGACGCCUUGUACUAUUUCUGAAGAGACCUCAGCGGUUGUCCGACGGGGAAAAGGCAGCUGUCAAUAUUGAGGACGUACCCUUCAUUUCAAUCUUUAUUUUUUGGAAUUUCAUGUGCUGGGCUCGUGCUGCUUCAGGGAUAAAUGAUCACCUCAACCAGAAGAGUGUCCCCUGAUAAAUCUGAAGUUAGAAUCGCCUUCAGCCUCGAAGACCCAUCAGGGGUAAAAGAUGUGGAAGACCUUCCUAACCCUUUCCCGGAUCUUGAACAGCGACUGCAGCCAGUGCCCCCCUGUGGGUCUCUGAGAGAGAGCGCUGAGGUGUACAAGGAGCACUGCAGGAUGGCGAGAGAAUUCCACCAGGUCAAACACGACAUCGCAGUGAUUGAGGAUCGCAAGCGCAAAUUGCUAGCAGAGCUGGUGGAGGAUGAGAAGGUUGCGUUGGAGAUUGCCCGUCUGGAGGAGGAGUUUCGGCGUCUAACAGAGGAGAACCGCACCUUGAUGACUGUCCACAACGAGCGCGCUCAGCAGCUAGAGAGGCUCUGCUUGACCAACCAAACGCGACAGGACCCCUCGUGACCUCUGAUGCCCGCGGGACCGGAGGUCUCCAAACAUCCAGCUGACGGCAUGCCCAGGCACCGUGCAGAAAUAAAAGGCACAACUAGUGUUUAUUCUUCAUAAUAACAGUCAGUGAAUCCGCCUCAGAAAGGCGCCGUGUUUAUUCAUGUCUGAGUCAUUUGUUUGAACCACCGACUUACUGCCAUCAUCUGUGUGAAGCUGUUGUAGUGAUCCUACCGAGCCGUGACACGAGGCCACUUUUCUGAGUUUUGUUAUAAUGUGAUCUUGCAGAACCUCCCUGGUCGCCUUUGCAACACCUCACAGUCUAUAUUUAUACAAUAUCAGCUUCUGUGAAUGGCCAGAUAUAUUCAGAUAUCCGUCUCAAGUCCUAUGGAAACUCAGAUAUCUUAGCUGAGCUCUGUGGAGGGAGCCAAAGGUGGUAUACGAUGUGGUCCAAAUAUUGUAUUUUGAGGAUUGUUUCCCCUUCCUCUUCCUCUCUCCCAACUCGUUACUGACAAUUCAAGUUCCUGUUAUGAUAAAAAAAAAGGAAAUGAGACAAAUGUUAAACAUAGUGUCAGGGAUUGGGAAAUGGUUGCCAUUUGAGGAGAAGAGCAAAAUAAAAAGGGUGGUUAUCUAUUCCACAAUAACUAUCUGCUGCGACACUGUAUGAGUUUUACAUUUUGUUGAUGUAGCGUGUCUCACCCACCGGUAGAAGGGGAUGUAUAUACAUACAUAUACAUGCUAGUAAUAAAAUGAAUUUUACUUUCACAAUAGUAAGAGUUCCUAAGUUUCAUUUCUCGCCAUGCUUUUGUGUUUGUGCGGUCUUCAUAACUAUGUUGUGGUGCUUUCAUGGAAAAAGGAACUAGAUUUUUGGGGAGAUUAGCUCACUCCGGAAUUCUGAAAAAGUCACCUGAUUGGCCAGU